AACACACACACAUAAACACACACACACCUUCCAGAUCUAAGAUUAGAUCCAACAGAUAUGUAUUCUCCGCUAUGUCUGACACAGGAUGAAUUCCAUCCUUUCAUCGAAGCCCUGCUGCCCCACGUCCGGGCCUUCGCCUACACAUGGUUCAACCUGCAGGCUCGCAAGAGGAAGUACUUCAAGAAGCACGAGAAGCGCAUGUCCAAGGAGGAGGAGCGUGCCGUGAAGGACGAGCUGCUCAGCGAGAAGCCCGAGGUCAAACAGAAGUGGGCGUCCCGCCUCCUCGCCAAGCUGCGCAAGGACAUCCGACCCGAGUUCAGGGAGGACUUUGUGCUGACGGUGACGGGGAAGAAGCCGCCAUGCUGCGUGCUGUCCAACCCCGACCAGAAGGGCAAGAUGAGGAGGAUCGACUGCCUGCGCCAGGCGGACAAAGUGUGGAGGCUGGACCUGGUCAUGGUGAUUUUAUUCAAAGGGAUUCCCCUCGAAAGUACUGACGGGGAGAGGCUGGUAAAGUCUCCUCAGUGUUCGAACCCCAGCCUGUGUGUGCAGCCGCACCACAUUGGAGUUUCAGUCAAGGAGCUGGAUCUGUACCUGGCCUACUUCGUGCACGCAGGUCAGUCCCUCGCUUUCUUCCUGUUGGCAUGA